AUGGCCAAAAAGUACAAAGGUCCAGCAAUUGGAAUUGAUCUUGGAACAACCUAUUCGUGUGUAGCAGUUUGGCAGGGCCAAAACAAUCGUGCAGAGAUCAUUCACAAUGAUCAAGGAAAUAGAACUACACCUUCUUUUGUUGCUUUUACUGAUUCUCAAAGGUUGAUUGGCGAUGCUGCAAAAAAUCAGGCUGCUUCAAACCCAGCCAACACUAUCUUUGAUGCUAAGAGGUUAAUUGGAAGGAAAUAUAGUGAUCCUGUUAUUCAGAAUGACAUACAGUUGUGGCCAUUUAAAGUUGUUGCUGGCAAAGAUGACAAACCUGAGAUCAGAGUUAUGUAUAAGGGUGAGGAGAAGUGCUUUUGUGCUGAGGAAAUCUCAUCAAUGGUCCUCACAAAGAUGCGUGAUAUUGCUGAGAAAUUUUUAGGAUCAACUGUUGAGAAUGCAGUAGUUACUGUGCCUGCUUAUUUCAAUGAUUCUCAGCGGAAAGCUACCAAAGAUGCUGGUGCCAUUGCCGGCCUCAAUGUAAUUCGGAUAAUCAACGAACCUACUGCUGCUGCUCUUGCAUAUGGCCUUCAGAAGAGAGCUAAUUCUGCUGAAGAGAGGAAUAUUUUCAUCUUUGAUCUUGGUGGUGGAACAUUUGAUGUGUCUGUUCUCACAAUUAAGAAUAAUCUCUUUGAUGUGAAAGCCACUGCAGGAGACACUCAUCUCGGAGGCGAAGAUUUUGAUAACAGAAUGGUGAACCACUUUGUGAUGGAGUUCAAGAGGAAGUAUAAUAAGGACCUUAGUGGAAACCCAAGGGCUCUUAGGAGGUUGAGAACCGCUUGCGAGAGGGCAAAAAGGACACUUUCAUUUGAUACAGAUGCUACAAUUGACAUAGAUGCCUUAUUUGAAGGUAUUGAUUUCCAGUCAGCAAUCACCCGUGCCAAGUUUGAGCAACUCAAUUUGGAUCUCUUUGAAAAGUGUAUCAAGACUGUUGAGAAUUGUCUUACUGACUCUAAGAUAAACAAGAGCAGUGUGGACGACAUUGUUCUUGUUGGUGGUUCUUCUAGGAUUCCCAAAGUGCAACAACUAUUGCAAGACUUUUUCAUGUGGAAGGACCUUUGUUUGAGCAUCAACCCCGACGAGGCUGUUGCAUAUGGUGCAGCUGUUCAAGCUUCUUUACUGUGUGAAGACACUGAAAAUUCUCUUAACUUGGUUCUGCGUGAUGUUACCCCGUUAUCUCUAGGUAUGUUGGUUAAAGGAGGUAUUAUGAGUGUGGUGAUUCCUAGAAACACCUCUAUUCCUGUCAAGAUAACCAAAAAUUAUUUUACAAUCGAAGAUGACCAAUCGAAUAUAUUCUUUAGUGUUUAUGAGGGUGAGAGAUUGAAAGCAACUGAGAACAACUUAUUAGGUUCGUUUAAUUUCUCAAUACCUCCUGCGCCUCGAGGCCACAUUCCUGUCAAAGUUUGUUUUUCUAUCGAUGUUGAUGGUAUUUUAAACGUCUCGGCCAAGGAAGAAACUGGUGGGAAUGAGAAAGAUAUUACAAUAACAAGUGAAAAGGGAAGGCUAUCAGCCGCUGAAAUUGAGAGAAUGAUCCAGGAAGCUGAGAAUUUCAAGAAUGAGGACAUGAAGUUUAUGAAGAAAGUUGAAGCAAUGAAUGCUUUGGACGAUUAUCUUUACAACAUGAGGAAAGUAAUGAAGGACGAUAGUGUUACUUCAAUGCUAAACUCAAUUGACAAAAUGAAGAUCAAUUCUGCAAUGAUAAAAGGGAAACAGUUGAUUGAUGGCAAGCAGGACAAAGAAACAUUUGUGUUUGUGGACUUUCAGAGGGAGCUUGAGAACAUCUUUGAAUCAGCUAUGAAAAAGAUUAACAAAAGUUACUUUGAUGAAGAUAGUGACUCUGAAUCUUAA